AUGAAUGCUGUAUCUAAAAGACUCUUGAAAGAGCUUCGAGAAAUAGAUAAAGAGGCAGCUUCACAUCCUCAGAUCAUUGAAUUAGCUCCUAUAUCAGAUGAUGAUUUGCUACACUGGAAGGCUAUUAUUGCAGGACUACCAGAUACACCCUAUGAAGGCGGCCAAUUCGAAUUAUCUAUAAAGAUACCUUCCAACUAUCCAAUUCACCCUCCCAACAUAAGGUUCGUGACUACCAUUUGUCACCCCAACAUCCACUUCAAGACAGGCGAGAUUUGUUUGGAUAUUCUAAAAACGGAUUGGUCACCCGCUUGGACACUUAGAUCGACUGUCUUGGCUAUCACCUUAUUGCUUACUAACCCAGAGCCAUCUUCACCUUUAAACUGUGAUGCAGCUAAUCUUUUAAGAUGCAAUGAUAAGCUUGGUUAUGAAAGUCUCAUUCGAAUGUAUACCCAAUUAUACGCUGCUAAGCAAAAGUGA